CUAGAACGCAUCCUGGACGUCAUGGGGUCAGCGUGGGCUCAAUCAACAAAAGAAACGUACAGAGCAGGCUUACUUGUAUUUCAUGUGUUCUGUGACACAAAUUGCAUCGAGGAGGACAAGCGCUGUCCUAUCGAUCGCACCCUGCUACUCAAUUUCUUAUGCAGCUGCGCCAGGUCGUACUCAGGCUCCGCGCUAAACAAUGAUGCAGCGGGCCUCAGAGCGUGGCAUCUCUUGCACAGAAGAGACUGGUUGAUCCCGCCUAGAGAACUCAAAGCGGUCCUAGAUGGUGCCGCUCCAUCAGCACCAGCAGAGUCCAAAAAGGCCAAACGACACCCAUACACACCAGAUUCCCUGGCCGCUAUCCGCAACCAACUGGACCUCACCACGCCCUUAGACGCAGCGGUAUUCGCGUGUCUGACCACGACGUUUUACUCCAUAGCGAGGCUUGGAGAGUUCACAGUCAGCGCCAUCAAAGAUUUUGAUCCUGGAAAACACGUCACCAGAGCUAACGUGUCAGAAACCACCGACCGCAACAGACUUCCUGUC